AGUCUUGGACUUCAGCUGUUGUGAAACUACAACACCCAGCAUGCCCGGACAGGGCAUGCUGGGUGUUGUAGUUUCGCAACAGCUGAAGGCACAAUGGUUGGGAAACACUACAGUAAGGGAUUCAUACACAGUCAUUGAGACCAUAUUAACCCUUGCUGGCUGGACAAACAUAACCCAAAUGUUUUCUCACCUGUGAAUUGGGCUCCACUAUAAUAUUGGCUGUGUUGAUAACCAAUAAGAGAAAGUUGUUAUGAGCUUUCCAGUCACUAGAUGGCGAUAAAGUCACAUGUAUCAAUUAUUUGCAAAAUGGAUGAAGAAGGAAUGCACGAGUAUGAAACGGGCCAUAUUAAGAAACUGCAAGAGCAGCGCAUGGCUAUGCAAAAGAAGACUUUUACUAAGUGGAUGAACAACAUCUACAAAGAGAAUGGUAGUAUCCCAAUAACAGACAUCUACACAGAUCUAAAGGAUGGCUUAUACCUGUUACAUCUCCUGGAGUUCAUAUCAGGGGAACAGCUGCCCAAACCGGCAAAAGGAAAAAUGAGAGUCCAUUUCUUAGAAAACAACAGCAAAGCUCUAGCUUUCCUGAAGUCCAAGGUGCCUGUGAAAUUGAUUGGACCAGAGAAUAUUGUGGAUGGAGAUCGUACAUUAAUAUUGGGCCUUAUCUGGAUCAUUAUUCUCCGUUUUCAAAUAUCUUCCAUCACAUUAGAUAAGGAUGAGUUUGGUGCGAGUGCAGCUAAGGCAUCUGCCAAAGAAGCUCUUCUUAUAUGGUGCCAGAUCAAAACAGCCCCCUACUCUAAUGUUGAUGUACAGGACUUUUCCAGUAGUUGGCGGGACGGCCUUGCAUUCAAUGCUCUCAUCCAUGCUCACAGGCCUGAUCUCAUUGACUACCACUCUCUCAAAGCAGCCCAACCCUUGUACAAUUUAAAUAACGCCUUUGAUGUGGCAGAAAACAGACUAGGUAUAUCCAAGCUGCUGGAUGCUGAAGAUGUUGUCAUUCCACGUCCAGACGAGAAGUCCAUCAUGACAUAUGUGUCACUGUAUUACCAUUACUUCUCUAAGAUGAAACAGGGUCAAACUGUCCAGAAAAGGGUCAACAACAUUAUGACCUUGGUUCUUGAAAUCGAGAAUCUAAAGGGCCAGUAUGAGACCAUGGUGACAGAUCUUCUAAGGUGGAUCCAGCAGAAAGUUGUGGAGAUGAAUGAUCGUCAUUUCCCCAACUCCAUCAAUGGCAUGAUGCAGCUCUUGGCGAACUUUAAAACCUAUCGCACCGUGGAAAAACCGGCAAAGUACCAAGAGAGAGGCUUGAUUGAGGCUCAUUUUUUCAACAUCCGGACUAAAAGACAGGCCAACAACCUGCGGCCCUAUUUUCCACCUGAGGGGAAGACUUUGAGUGAUAUAGAGAAGUAUUGGACAAUCUUGGAAAAAGCUGAACAUGAGCGUGAAAAGGCUCUGCAGAGCGAGGUGCUUAGACUGGAAAGGUUGGAGCAGUUGGCUCAGAUGUUCCACAAGAAGGCUCUGCUAAGAGAGUCCUACCUGCACGAAAUGAGACAGGUUAUAGAAAGGCAAGAUUUUAGGCCCAACAAUAUCACCCAGGUGGAGGCUGCCAAUAAGAAGUUGGAGGCGAUUGAAGCAGACGUGCUACCUCGCGAGCAACGCUUCCGGACACUCGCUGAGAUGGGUGCCGUCUUAGAAAGAGAGAAUUAUCACAACAAAGCAGCAAUAAUAAAAAAGCAAGAAGAGUUGUCAAAGGGCUGGAGUAGAUUACUCGACUUACUGUAUACUCAGAAACAGUUAUUAGAGGACAAGAACCAAAUGCUAGUCCUUUUACGGGACAUUGACAGUGUGGGCGAGGAGUUAAGAGCCAUGCAGGACCUAGUAGGUUCAAAGGAUCUCGGCAAACAACUCCCUGAGGUGGAAUACUUCCUUCAAGAACACAGCUUAAUGGAAUCCCAAAUUACGUUACAUGGUGAAUCGGUGAGACAAAUUUUAGCCAGGUCAGAGCAUGUCCCAAAGAGUGAAAGAGGCAAUGUGGAUGUUCUCCAAACCAAAGUAAAGAACUUACAUCAACUCUAUCAGAACCUGGUGUCCCUCUGCAAAUCUCGGCGAUUGCGGCUAGAAGAAUUAUUAAAAUUGUAUCAGUUUUUCCAAGAUUGUGUGGAGGAGGAGGCUUGGAUCCAUGAAAAGUGGCAGGCGCUUAUACUGGCAGACCCUGGCAGAGAUUUCAGUCACAUUAACUCAUCUAUAGCAAAGCAAGAGGCGUUAGAAGCAGAGAUAUUUUCCCACCAAUCUAUUUUGGCCAAGGUUGUUAGAAAUGGGAAAGAACUGUGCCAACUGGCAUACACAGACCAGGCAACUAUCCAGAAAAUGAUUGACAACAUUCAGAAAAAGUGGCUGGAACUUCAAGAAGAGGUCAAAAGAAGUAAAUUUCGUCUGGAGGUGGCAGCACUCAUAAAACAGUACUUUGCUGAUGCUAAUGAAGCAGAAUCCUGGCUGAAAGAGCGUCUGCCGCUUCUUACAAGUGAAGAUUAUGGCAAGGACGAGUCCAGUGUUGAAGCCAUUUUACAGAGACACCUGAGGCUUGAGAAAGAGAUUUCGGCCUAUGCCAUGGAAGUGAGGAGGCUUGGAGACCAGGCUCAGACUGUAGCAGGCAAAGCCCCUUUAAUUCAAGAAAAAAAGCCAGUGAUUUUAAUAAUAACGCAAGAGAGGACCAGACCACAAAAAAGAGGCUAUUUGGCGUCCAAACAAGAGAUUGAUGAGUUUAGACAAGACCCCCAGAUGUCCCCAGAAAAAAUCAGAGCUGUGCAGGAAGAGAUAGAAGCUUCGUAUGAGAACCUUCAACAACUCGCUAAGAAACGGAAGAAGGCGUUGGAAGACAUGGUUCGUCUAUAUCAGUUUUAUAGUUCUUGUGGGGAGUUCCAGUCUUGGAUGGAUGACAAGGAGAAGAUUUUUCUGACUUUGCAGCCAAACCCUGAUAAUGUGGAGGUCAUGCAAAUAAAGUAUGAGAACUUCCUGACGGAUCUUGCAGCUGGUAAGGCGCGUCUAGAUGAGAUAAAAAACAUGGCUGAUAAAUUAGUCCAGAUUGACCCUGACAGGAAAAGUCAAAUUCUGGAUCACCUGAAGGCCAUUGACAAUAGCUGGAAUCGCUUGGAAGUCUUAAAAGAAGAGAAAGGUGCAGAGCUUAUCAGUCUGGCCGAUGUAAAGACUUUCCUCGAAAAUUGUAAAAAUAUGGAAAUCCUUAUACAGGAGAAGAGAAAAGAGUUGGAGGAGGGUUCAGAGCUGUCUGGGAAUCUGGAGUCAGAGGAGCGUCAGUGGAAAGCACACGAGAGGGAUAUCGAUGUGUUAGAGAGGAAAAUUGCUUAUCUAAAGUCUAUGGAAGAAUCAAUGAGAGAGACAAAUCCACAAGAGAGUUUAGCCAUCAGAAAACAGAUUGAACAAAUGGAAAAGCUUCUUGGACAACUAAAAGAGGAAGCUCAGGUGAAGAAAGACAAACUCCAAAAGGCUAAAGAUCAAAAGACUUUCCUAGAGGAUAGCCGCAGAGAGAUGCUUUGGAUCCAGGACAUAAAGGAAAAGCUAACAAGUGAGGAGUUGGGCACGGAUGUUGCAUCGGCAGAACAGCUUCUUAGGGACCACCGAUACCUAUUAAAAGAGAUCGAGGGUCAAAGAGACAGAAUCAUUGAACUCCAGCAAAUGGGAACAACUGUAUUCCAGUCCAGCAAUAGCUCUGAAGUGCGGGAUUCCUUACUAAGCCUUACUCAUGGGUACAAUGAGCUCAGUGAUUUGUGGGUAAAGAGGAAACAGAAACUUGAACAAGGUUUGGAGCUACAGCAAUUUUUGCGAGAAGCUGACAGCAUUAAUGCAGCACUUUCCAGCCAUGAAGCAUUUGUGAGGGUGAAUGAUCUUGGGGACCAGCUGGAUACAGUCCAGAGCCUUCUGAACAGACAUAAGCAGUUUGAGAAAGUGUUGGCGGCUCUCAACAAUCGAGUGACCAGUCUUAGAAGAAACGGAGAGUCCCUAGUGGAAAAGGAUCACUUUUCUAGUGCUCUGAUAACCCAGAGGGUAUCUGAUACUCAGAAGAGAUAUGAUAAUUUGGCACAAAAAAGCGAAGAAAGAGAAAAACGGCUCCUGGAUUCACUGAGACUUCAGGAGUUUUACAGAGAUGCCACAGAACUUUUGGUGUGGAUGGAAGAGAAGUAUAAAAUUGCCCUUGAUGAGUCGUAUCGGGACCCAACUAAUAUCCUGCGUAAAUUGAAGUGGCAUGAAGCUGCUGAGCGAGAGAUGGAUGCCAACCAAGUGCGCUUUGAAGACUUAGUAAAGGUUGGACAGCAGCUGCUAAGAGAAGAUCAUUACGAGAAAGCCUCCAUAGAGCUGAAGAUGUUGGAAGUCACGAAAAAGUGGGAAGAGUUAAAGAAAAAGAUGGCCGAUAGAGGAGACAAGCUGCGACAGGCAGGACAGCAGGAGCAACUGAUGGAGCUGCUGCAGGAUGCCAAAGUUAAGAUUGAGAAGAUAGAGAAGGUUCUUCAGUCCCCGGAGUCUGGACAUGACCUAAGAACUAGUAGGGACCUUCUCAAAGAGCACCGUCAGCUGGAAAAUGAGAGCAGAGAGUUGGCUGAUAAAAUGAACUCCAUCGUAUCCCGGGCUCAGAAGAUGGCCACCAAUCAUUUUAACUCGCAAAGGAUCAUGGAUGAAACUAUGAAGUAUUUGAGGAGGUUUGAAUCCCUACAAGAGCCUUUGAACAAAAGAGGACAAUUUUUGCAAGCCAAAGUGAAUCAGUACGAGUUCUAUCACUACUGUGAUCUGGAGGGGACAUGGAUCGCUGAAAAGAUGCCUAUUGCUAGCUCCACUCAUUUUGGCAAGUCACUGGAUGUAGCACAGAGUUUGCUUCAGAAACAUAAGGAGUUACAAGCGGAGGUCAACGCUCACAAACAGCAGCUACGUCGUGUCCUAGAGAUGGGAAACUCUUUGAUGGCGAACGGCCACCCAGAAUCUCGCAACAUCUCUGACAAGAAUAAGAAGCUGCAAGCUGCCUGGGCAGAACUGGAGGAGGCAUGUGAGAAGAGGAUGAGGGGCUUACAGGAUUCAGUCAGCUUUCAGAAGUUCCUUCUUGAUGUGUCCGACAUGGAGACCUGGAUUGGAGAAAAACGUCCAUUGGCUAACAGUAAAGAUUAUGGCAAAGAAGAGUCUGCCACCCUAAACAUGAUGAAAAAACACAAGGACUUACAGCAGGAGAUUGAGCUCUACCAAGAUUUGUCAUCACAGUUGGUUACCACAAGGCAGAACCUGCCUUCCUUUGAAUAUGAUGAGGUUGAUGCUCCCGUGCAGAAAAUGCGCUCACAAAUGAAGGAUCUACAGGAUUGCGCAAGCAUAAGAUGGGGAAAACUGGAAGAAGCAUUGGCUUUACAUGAAUACAUUCGAGAAUCUGGGGACCUUCAGGAAUGGAUUAACCAGCAAAGACAAGUAGCAAGUUCUGAGGACUAUGGCAACGACUACGAGCAUGUCCUGCAACUCCAGGCAAAGUUUGACACCUUCCAGCACCAGAUGGAAACAGCUGGCCAAAGGGUGUCUGGGUGCCAACGGCUUGCGGAUAGUCUUCUUGACAGAGGACACUCUGACUCACUGCAAAUUGUUCAAAAGCAAAAGGAGCUACGGGCAUCUUGGGAAGAACUUCAGCAACUAACUAAGCAACGAGGAAAGCGCCUGCAGGAUGCUGAAGCUGUUCAUAAGUGUUUUUGGGACCUUAAAGAAGCCCUUUCUCAGAUAGAGGAAAAAGCCAAAAGCAUUCCAGAUGACAUUGCCAAAGACCUUAGCGGAGUCCAGUCCCAGCUGCGUAAACAUGAGGCCCUGGAACAUGAGUUGUCUGGGAAUGAGCAGCAGCUUCAAGAGCUUGUUGAUGCAGCAGAUGACACCCUGCCUAGGUGCUCCGGGGAGCAGAACCUGAGACUGCAACAGAAACAGCAAGAAGUGGUGGAGAAAUGGGAGCUGAUGAAGACUAAAGUGGAGAAGAGGAGAACAGACUUGGAACAGGCUUGCAAUCUCUACCUCUUCCUGGCAGAUGUGCGUGACUAUUUCUCAUGGGCUGCGGAGAUAACCCGUGAGAUGAAUGCGGAGGAGACAAUAAGAGGAGUUCUCGCAAGUAGUGAGAGACUGAAAGCCCACCAAGACCUAAGACAAAAUAUGGACGCCCAUCAAGAACCCUACAAAAAGACAGUCACUGUUGGACAAUCCCUUCUACAGGAGAGAGAAAUCCCUGCAGCACAGAUUACAGAAAAGCUUCAGGCCCUUGUUGAAGAAAACAAGAAACUUUAUCACCACUGGGAAGUGAAAAGAAAGUUACUGGAACAAGUGCACCAAGAACAAGUCUUCUACAGAGACAUCGAUAAUAUGGAGAAGAUCCUAAAUGCACAGGAGGUGAGAUUGAAAUCAAGUGACCUCGGAGCCUCUGCUGGAGAGAUCGAACAACUGAUCAAAAAGCAUGAGGCCUUUGAGAAGCUUCUUUCAUCUCAGGAUGGAAAGAUGACUUCUUUGCAAGAUCAAGCCAACAAACUUCUUCAAGACAACAGAAGAAUGGAGACUACACAGGUCCAAUACAAACUGAAUUCCAUCAUAGACAGGAGGAACAAAGUAAGGGCUCUCAGUCAGGCCAGACGGGAAGAAUUAACCACAGCCCUCCUCCUGGCUCUGUUUAACCAGAACCUCACAGAGGCACAAUACUGGAUCAAUGAGCGUAUGCAGAUGCUGGAUGAUGACACCCAGCAGGGAUCUACGGAUAUACAAAGUAAAUUGAAACUUUUACAGAAACAUCAAGUGUUUGAAGCUGAAAUUCUUGCCCAUGAAAAGACAAUCCAAGAUGUAACUGAGAUGGGGAAGUCAUUGGUAUCUCAGCAACAUCCCAAAUCUGCAGAUAUACGUCAGAAAAAUCGGACACUGCUUGAAGAAUGGGAGAAACUGAAGAAAGCGGUAACUGCCCGUGGCAAAAUGCUAGAGGAUAAGCGAGACUUACUAGAGUUUUUGCAGAAGGUGGAUCAGGUGGAGGCUUGGAUCCGAGAGAAGGAAGUGAUGAUCAAUGUUGGGGAUGUAGGAGAAGAUUAUGAGCACUGUCUGCAGCUUACAAAGAAGUUGAAUGAGUUCCGUGGUGCAGGAUCCGGGGAAGUCACCGUGGAUGAUGCCCAUAUAAAAGCUAUUAAUGCUCUUGCCACCAAGCUGGAGAGACAGAACGUGGAAGAGAUAAAGACUGUUUACCAGCGGAAGAAACAACUGAAUGACAAGUGGAACAGUUUUCAUGGGGAUCUAAACAAAUAUCGCAAGGCUUUAGAGGGAGCCCUGGAAAUCCACGCCUUGAUCCGUGAAAUUGACAAUAUCAAUGAAAGGAUGAGUGAAAAGAGCUCACUCAUGCAAGCACUUGACUAUGGGAAAGACGUAGAAAGCGUUGCCAACUUAAUUAGACGACAUGAAGAAACUAUUCGUGACAUCAAAGUCAUUCAGUCCCAAAAAGAGUCCUUGCACCAAGAAGCCAACAGCCUGUCCCGCAGCAAUUCAUCAAUGAGCGAACGUCUGACCUCAAAAGAGAAGGAGAUGACUGACAAUUGGCAGAAGCUCCUACUGCAAGCCAAUGAAAGAAAGAAGAAACUAGAUGCCUCUUACCAUCUGCAAAGGUUCAAUGCUGACAUCCGAGAGAUAAUGAACUGGAUGCAAAAACUUCAAGCCUUGAUGGAAGGAGCAGGCCUGCCAAAAACUAUGGGAGAGGUUGAAGCUAGAAUUGAGGAACACCAAGAAAGGAAGUCAGAAAUAGAGGCACGGACGGAAAGGUUCAACUCGGUGAAGUCAUCUGGACAGAAGCUGUCUAACUCUGGACAUUAUGCAGCUGAUGAAAUACGACUUGUUCUCUCUAAUGCAGAAGGGGCCUGGGAUUUGUUGAUUAAAUCCUGGAGAGAACAGAAUGUCAAGCUACGUCAGGCUCGUGACCUACAGACAUUUUUCAGCAUUGUUGAUCAAAGUGAAAGCUGGUUGAACAAUAAAGAGGCUUUUCUGGCUAAUGAAGAUUUGGGGGACUCUGUCACUAGUGUUGAAAGCCUUCAGAACAAGCACGAGAAGUUUCAAAAGGCUCUUGAUGCCCAGAUUGGCAAAAUUGACGAAAUGGAGGCAUUUGCCAAACAGCUUCUGGACAAUAAACACUAUGACUCCGAAACGAUUGCCAACAAAUGCCAGGCUGUGCUGGAGAGGGGAAAUCUGUCUCUAGUAACAGCUAGAUCAGGACAAAACACAGGAUGUAGAAUGGAGUUUCAUGUGUGCUAUGAACAGGAAAGGAUGUGUACCUGCAGGCUGAGCACAAGGACGAUCGCCACUGUUCUUCAAAGGAAAAAGAAACUCCUGAACUUGUCUGAGGCUCGAAAGAAGAAACUUGAGGAGUCCAAACAGCUGCAGAAAUUUCUGAAGAGCUCGUAUGAGGUGGGUGCCUGGAUGCUUGAGAAGAGCAGUAUUGCCGGGGAUGAAAGCUGGAGAGACCCCAGUAACCUUCAGACCAAACUGCAGAAACAUCAAACAUUUGAGGCAGAGAUCAAAACAAACCGCAACCGGCUGGACAGCAUAAGAGCUGAUGGGGAGAAGAUGUUGCGAGCGGCCCAUUAUGCUUCUGAUAUCAUCCAAGCAAGACUUGAUGAAAUGGAGGAACUCUGGACUGAGCUGCUUGAAAAAUGUGCUGAGAAGGGAAAGAAACUUCACGCUGCCUAUAAGGCUCUGCAAUUUCAGAGAAGUUUAGAGGACACUGAAAAGUGGCUGGACCAGAUAGAAUCCAGGCUGGACUCUGCUAAUAAAGGUAAAGAUCUCAUGACACUCGAGAAACUUGGCGAGCUUGAAGAAGACAUCACUAGCCACGGAGAGAGACUCCUAGGUCUGGCAGAUAAAACCCGUGAAUUCCGACAGGAGGGUCAUUUCCUGGCAGAUGAAAUAGAAGACAGAGUUCGGAUUCUAGUUCACAGGUACAAGAGCCUGAAUGAACCAUUGCAGGAGUGCAGAGCAGCUCUAGAAGGCAGGAAGUUAUUAGAUCAGUUUUUCCGGGACAUUGAUGAUGAACUGUCAUGGAUCGAAGACAAGAUGCCACUUGCCUCAUCUAAGGAGUGCGGCCAGUCACUAACCACUGCCCAGGCGUUACUAGAGAAGCACCAGAAUUUAGAAAAUGAAAUCAGCAGUCGAGAAGCAUUGACUAAAGCUGUCUUGGGCACUGGAAGGAAAUUGGUAAGGGGAAACCAUUUUGCUAGCCAAGAGAUUGACAAUCGAUUGCACCAGCUGGAAGUGGCUGUAGAAACUUUAAAAGCUGAAGCAGAAAGGAGACUGAAGAGGUUAACCCAGGCCUGUGAAGCCCAGCAGUUUUUGACUGAGCUUUUAGAAGCGGAAUCAUGGAUGGCAGAGAGGGGAAUUAUAAUCAAGUCAUCGGACAAUGGAAAAAAUGAAGAAUCCACUCAAGCACUAUUGCGGAAAUUAGAUACCACCAUACGGGAUCUUGAAGGCUUCUCUGCAAGAAUUAACAAGCUUAAAGACACUGGAAGAAGCCUGGAGAGUGACAGCGAAAAUCCAGAGAGUUCUAUAGUGAUCCCAAAACUGCAAGCAGUUCUGGAGGAAUACCACUCCCUGCUGGAGAAAGCUGAGCUGCGCAGAGGUCAGUUACAGGAGCAAUAUCAGCUGUUCCAGUAUCUAAAAGAAGCGGAUACCAUAGAGGCCUGGCUGCUCAGCAAGAAGACUGCAGCUGAAUCUGAUGACUUUGGACAAGAUCUGGAAGGCAUCAAGGUGUUAGAGAAACAGUUUGAGAACUUUGUGAAGGAAGUAGAGCUACUGGGUAAAAGCAAAGUAUUGUCUCUACAUGAACUGGCAUCAGGCCUCCUGGAAGAGUCUCAUAGCCAGGCUGAAGGAAUAAAGAAGAAAAUAGAGGAGGUGAACAGCACGUGGGAUGCCCUCUGCCGAUCAAUUGAAAACCGGGCUAAGAUCCUGGGUAAGGCCCACCAGGUCCAUCAGUUCGAUCAUGAUGUGGAUGAAUUACUUAGCUGGAUACAAGAGAAGGAGGUCACAGUGAACACGGAUGACUAUGGUUAUGACCUUGCAGGGGUGCAGACUUUGCUAAGCCAACAUGAGGGUUUUGAAAGGGAUCUUGCAGCCAUUAAAAAAGAAAUGGAACAAGUCAUUAAACAAGGACAAUAUGUAAGUCAACUACAUCCACCAGUCCAGAAGAAUGUGGCAGAGAGACUGGAAGAUGUGUCCAGGAGCUGGGGGAGUCUAAUAAUGAAAUCUCAUGAAAGGAAAGAAAAACUGACCCAAGCUGAACAAGUGCAUAUGUAUUUCAGUGACUGUGGAGAGUUAAUAGUCUGGGCGAGAGAGAUUCAUGCCCUAAUGGUAUCCGAGGAAUUGGCCAAUGAUGUGACCGGUGCAGAACAGCUGAUUAAACGUCAUGAAGAAUACAAGAGAGAGAUCGACAGACAUUGGGGGAAGUAUGAGGAGCUUCAGAAGAUGGGGAAGACUCUUCUGGACAAGGAGCACUUCAUGUCUUUUGAGAUUACAGAGAAGGUCCAGGAGCUGUCAGAAUUAAUGGGGUUUGUGUCUGACACCUGGAAGAGGAGGAAGGAGAUCUACGAUGAGAACCUGGAGAUACAACUGUUCUGUAGAGACCUAGAGCAAGCAAAUGGAUGGCUUAACACCAAAGAACCAUAUCUCCUGGAUUCAAACUAUGGGGACUCUGUGCCACAUGUGGAAGACCUUAUGAAGAAACAAGAGGAAUUUGAAAAAAUGCUAGCCGCCCAAGAGGAGAAGUUUGAGAUGCUAAAAAGAAAAACAAAGAGGGAACAGAACUUGUUUAAGCAAAUCGACUUCGAGCAAAAGGAACAGAAGAAACCUGAAGCCUUCAUCCGAGUACCCUCCCUAAAGAGAAAGCCAUCGGAUAAAAGAGGGUUCCCCCAAAAAUUGGGCAGUGCACGGGGUACUACAGGACUUCCCAGAAGACCUUCUGCAGAGAGACAGAACACCACAGACCAGAAAAGUACAGAGGUUUCUGGUGCUAUAGUGGACAACUUGGAUGGCAAAAGCAACAAAACCGGGGCAGAACCAGAGCCACCGACAUCGAUUACUCCAAAUCUUCUAGAUCUCCAGAUCCCUCCUUUGGAAAACCUUAGUAUGGUAACUGCAUUCCAACCAACCUUGCCAUCUUAUCAGCGGUUGCCAUCUUUAGUGCAGACAUACCAAAGUGUCACCAAUGUACCAAUUGUAGAGGAAACGCUAGGAGAUACCCUGGUAACUACUGUAGAAGACACCAAGAUCCAACCGGCGGGGAAAUCCCAUUUGAAUCCAUCAGAUGCUCCUCCGUUAAUCUUAAACCUUAACCCUGCCCUGUCCACAGAGAAAACACAAACUAAAGUUUUGGAGGUGAAGCCAAUUGUUGAUGCUGGGGAUACAUUUCCAAAAGUCCCUGUUCUCCCUGCCCUGAUUCCUGAGACUACACCUGGCACAGCUUUGGAAGCAAAGCCUAAAGAUCUGCUAGAACUUAAUGUGGGCUCCUUAAGUGGACCAUCCAAAAUACCAGAUCUACCUACACCACCGUCGCCAAGUCCUUCAUUUGAUAGAAUAGUAAAUGGAUUUAUGGAGACAAAACAGAAGCUUCUGCCAGGAGGAAAGGAAAAUCCAGCUGGCUUCUGGAAUUCUUACUACAUCACAUUGCGUGGACAGAUCAUGAACUUCUAUAAUGCAAAGAAGGAUGAAGCCAAGAAUGAAACUGCGAUUCCUCCAGUUAGCAUGGUGAGUGCUGUCUGUGAAAGAACAGGAGGUUCUUCAGAUAAAGCCAACGCCUUCAGUGUCAGAGCCGCUGAUGGAUCGGAAUACAUAUUCUCAGCUCCCACCGUUAAAAAAAUGGAAAUCUGGAUCCAAACAAUUGAGGGGAAAACAGAUGAGCCAGUCAUUAAAAGGGAAGAAGCUGCUCACUCACCAAUAAAAGAAACUACACGGACAUUAUUAUUGGAACCAGACAGCAAUGGCCAUACCUUUUCUGCUAGCAGAGUCUAUAUCACGUCAGAGAAGACAGACUUUUACUCUCCAAAAGUAGUGGAGACAGAGGAGGCUAAAGAGAAGCACAAAAAGAACGUUUUUAAGAAGUUCUUCAAAAAGUAAACUGUGGUAACGUGAAGCAACAGACAUGAGAUCGGGGCUUACACCCUGCCCCGUACCCCAUCCCACAUUCACGGCAGCUUUUGAGACUUAGGGGUGGGUACACUUCUUCAGGGUACUGGUGCUGAGAAAACUGCAGAACUCAGGGAAAAACAAAACAGUCGGGGAAUUUCUCCCUCUAGUGGCGGGAUGGACCUGAAGGAAUAAGGACUUCAAGAUAGAUUCUGAGCUUUUUUUUUAUUGGUAACACAACAAUGAUUAAAAGGCUAAAGCUUGUGGCGCUUUCACGUGUGCGGUUUUGAUGCAGUUUUUGAAGCCAGUGUCAGGAAUGGGUUAUAAAGAGAGGUAAAGUUUAUAGGAUACACAUUCUACUUCUCUUUUUUGAAUCCUCAUAGUUUUGGCUUAAAAAAAAGGCAUAAAAACUGCAGGUGAGAAAGCACUCGACAAGUCAUCAGAAAUAAAUGAAGGAUAUGAAUGCAAACUCAGGUAAUGUUGUGCAAUUAUUAAAAUUUAAGGCUUCCUGUAAAGUCAGGCUCCCACCUAUUUUCUGCAAUUACAUGGUUAAAUAUAAGGGUAGAAAUGCGCACAGCGAUUGCUGUCUGUCUGAAUGAAAUCCACAUUAAAGGGGUACUCCGCUGCUCAGCAUUUGGAACAAACUGUUCCAAACGCUGGAGCUGGGAGCUUGUGAUGCCAUAGCCCCACCCCCUCAUGAUGUCAUGCCCCACC